AUGGCCACUCUCAGCGUCCUCACCUUCGAUCCGGAGGGCCGCCCGAUAGAGUUCGAUGCGUGGCUCGACGACUUUCAGCUGUACUUACUGAGCGAUUCUAGGGACGGUGUUUCACUGUUUGACGUCACGUCUGGAGCCCCUCUCGCCCCUGCCGCCACAGCUGACAGUGCGACUCGCUCACAGUGGCUUACCCUCUCCGACCUCGUCACUCACUUUCGCACUAGUGACACUCGCUACCGCGAAGCGCUUCCUGCCGAGUUUCUAGCCAAGAACCCUCCUCCCAUGUACAUCACUCUCUACUUCAUAGUCACCCGCCUCCCUCACUCUCUUAGCCCAGUCAGGGACCUCCUUCUCGCCCUUGACCCCACUGACCUCACUGUCGACCUGCUCGAGAAGCAUCUCCUUGCAGCUGAGACUAGCAUGCUCGAUGUAGGCGCUUCUCGUGGCACUUCUCGCACUCCCUUCUUUGAGGGGUGUUCGCCCUCCCCCCCUGUCCCCUCAGUAGCCUCUGCUGCAGCUGUUGACUACCUUCGUGCUGAGGAGGUAGGAGCUGCGUCUCCCCCUAGUGGGAGGCGCCGCAACAGCAGGGGCAAGGGAGGCAGGGGUGGUGGGGGUGGCAGCGGUGGAGGCGGUGGUGGGGGCGGUGGUGGCGGAGGGAGUGGUGGUGGGGGUGGAGGCGUAGGUGGCGGCGGCGGUGGCGGCAGUGGGAGUGGUGGCGGCGGCAGUGGUGGCGGCAGUGGGAGUGGAUGCGACGGCGGUGGUGGCGGUCGCGGUGGUACCAGUCAGAGGGGAGGCUUUGGCGGUGGUCACAGGCAGCAGCAGCAGCGUCAGCGUAUAGAGGCUGCUGCUCUAGGUGCUAGUGAGUCUGCGCUCUCUGGUACUACGCCUGCUGUGACCUUGCACACCUUCACGCUUGACUAA